UGUUAAUCGUAAUAGAGUUUUCAUUAGCAACAUCCCAUAUGACAUGAAAUGGCAGUCCAUUAAAGAUCUUAUGAGAGAGAAAGGGUUGUGGUGUGGUGGAAUUCAAAGAUGAAGAAUUUGUAAAGAAAGCACUGGAGACCAUGAAUAAAUAUGAUCUUAACGGAAGACCACUUAACAUAAAAGAGGAUCUGGAUGGUGAGCACGCGCGCAGGGCACUGCAGCGUGGGAGUGGGCCAUUUACAGGCGGACACGGUCCAGAUAUAGCACCUGGCUUAAUGAAUUUGCCCCCUUCUAUACUUAACAACCCAAACAUUCCUCCUGAGAUUAUCAGCAACCUACAAGCUGGCAGGCUCGGCUCUACCAUUUUUGUCGCCAAUCUUGACUUUAAGGUUGGCUGGAAGAAAUUAAAGGAAGUAUUCAGCAUUGCUGGAACGGUAAAACGUGCGGAUAUCAAAGAAGACAAAGACGGCAAAAGUCGAGGGAUGGGAACCGUGACUUUUGAGCAGCCCAUUGAAGCUGUUCAGGCAAUAUGUAUCCUCACAAGUCAACCUGAUCAAAGAGCAAUGUUGUCAAGUUUCAUCUGUGUAAGCAAGUUAAAAAAUAUGGUUCCUACCAUAUUUGACUUCAGAGAGGGCUUGGUGGUGUGUAAACUGCCAGAAAUUUAUCUUUUUGACGUUUUCAUGCUUUUGAACUGUAACUAAAGUUACAGCACUGAUCCUAUAUUUUGGAGGGUAUCUGUUGGAGGCAGUAUUGGCGUAGGGGUAGAUUGGCAGCUAUUCAGGGAUUAUAACAGUUUGUAGUGGUUUAGAAACUGUGUAUUUCUCUUCUGGAAUUGUAUAGAUGGGAACCUGGGGCCCGGCUAGUCUCCAGUGGUGGGUUUCAAUAAUUGUUUGAACCUACUCUGUGGGUGUGGCCUCCUUUGUGGGAGUGGCUU